UAUAACUCGCCAACCAUGAAAGGUAAAAAUUGCUCAAAGAAGUCCGCCAUCUCAAUUGGCAUUCUGCUCGGUUUCCUGUUACUGAUGGCAAUAGCCCUAAUUGCUAUCUAUGGUUCCUUCGAUAAGCUCGUGGCCCGAAUGAUCCAUUCCAACAUUGCAAUAACUCAGUCAUCCACUGUCUAUUCUCAGUGGGUUAGUCCGGAUACCCCUAUUUUCUUCUCAGUUUACCUUUUCAACAUCACCAAUCAAAAAGAUAUUGAAAAGGGUGAGAAACCGAGGGUUCAACAGAUCGGGCCCUAUGUCUAUAAAGAGAAACGCAUAAAAACAAACAUUACUUGGCCCAAGGGUGAUACAUCUCGAGUAUCCUUCUACCAACGUCUUGUUUUCACCCUUGAUCGGAAUCUUUCCAUUGGGGACCCCGACAAGGAUGUCAUAAUUGGAAUUAGUACCCCGUUCGUGACUAUAGCAGCGAAUAUGGAAGUUGGUAACGGACCGAGUGCGACAGAAUAUGCUCUCAUGACGCUCUUUGUUGAACCAAAACUAUUUGUAAAGACCUCUGUGACGAAAUUUCUCUGGGGAUAUGUGGAUCCUGUGACAGAUGCAUGCAACGCUUUUGAUGGAAAAAAGUGUCCCACUUCUAAGGUCGGCCUUCUGUUAGGAAAAAAUGGAACUGAUGUCGGUCCCUUCGUAAUUGACACGGGAGUUAACGAUGUUACAAAACUAGGAAAUAUUCUAACAUUUCAAGGCAAAGAUACUGUUGACGUCUGGUCAUCAGAGAAAGCCAACCAGAUAAUAGGAACAGAUGGAUCUCAAGUCGCACCUGACCUAACAAUGGACUCAAGAAGGUUUAUCUUCGCUGCUGAUCUAUGUCGUUCCUUUGAAAUGCGAGUGGAUGGAAUUGGAAAACUUACAAAUUCCGAUAAAAUCAAGGUGUUCUCUCUGGCCGGUACAUCUGAAACCGGACAGUCUGCGAAAAUGAAUCCAGAUAAUCUUGGAUAUUGUCCUCCCAAAACCCCAGGUCCUAAAUGUCCUCCCGCCGGUAUCUUCGAUUUAUCUUCCUGUCGCAGACAAGGCAAUCUUCGGCCUCCGGUUUAUAGUUCACAGCCCUAUUUCCUCGGAGCUGAUCCGUCCCUUCGAGAAGGUGUUGAUGGUCUCUAUGUGCCUUCAAAGAGCAACGCCUCCACAAAAGUACUUGUGGAACCCGUAAGCUUAAGGAGAUUGCCCAUUUUAGUCUCCGGUUACUGUUAA